AUGGGUCUCUUGCCAUCGUCCUUUUUUGAGGAUAAAAAAUUGGGAACCUCUGACAAUUUGGUUCAUGAGGAUAAUCUUGUUUCCGUCUGCGAUUUCUCCAUGAAAGAGAAGACUAAGGCUCGAAGUCCAACUGUGUCAAUCAAUGACCUAAUAUCAAGUUUAUACAGUCAAGUGGAAGAGAAGAAUGCUGUUAAUCUGUCUGAAAAGUCUCAUGGAUAUGGAUUUGUCUCUGUAAAGGCUGCCAGUGAUUCUAACAUUGUAAAUGGUGAGGAUGAUUCAUGGGAGUUUCAGGGAUCCACAAAUACAAUGACAGAUCCGAGUAUAGCAGCAGGUGGUGAUGAAUUUGACAGUGCUUGGCAGUUUCAAGGUCCAGCACAGCCCGUGAGAGAUUCCACAUCAAGGAAAGGAGAUAAUGGUUCAUGGAAAUCUGAAUAUUAUUCCGUGAAAAAUGAAGUUGGGAAGCGAUACUCUUUUCCAUUAAUUAGUAUAGAGCAUAAGGAUUACCAAGAUGUCUUUCAUAAGCUGAAGACUGAACUAUAUUACAUUGCCCUUAACCAUCAUAAGACUUUAAAGGAAACUUAUGACGUGGCUGUUGAUUCUGAUGAAGUCGCUGAAGUUCAAAAAUGUGACGGUGAAAUUCAGAAACUGCAAAACUUGCUGAACAGUGAUGUUUUGAUCAGUGAAGUCAACCUAGCAAAUCUCCAACCUAGAUUCUCUGGCAUUACUGAACUUUGUAAAGCUCUCCAGGAGCCAAAGUUUCGAGCAAAGAAGGACUGGAAAUUAACUGUUGAACUUCUCAAACACGCCUUGUUGACACUGAAGAUCCUAAACUUGGGUUCACCUGAGAAACAGUCGAAUUACAUUUCAACUUGGGUCUGUAAAGCAGUAAAGACCGUGGAAUGGAGCAGAGAGCAUUACUUGGUACCUCUUGCGAAUCUAUGGGCCAAUCUGAUCAGUCGCGAUCCACCCAUGCUUUCGGGAUACCGUUUUCCUACCGUCUCUUAG